AUGAACAGUGAAGGCAACGAUCUUGCGAUAGUUGGUUUGUUCAAUUUGGUUGAGGAAAUUAAGAAGAUAACUGGCCUACUAUUUAUUUGUUGGCAAUUAGCAAAGUUCUUCUUAAAUUUUGGUUUGAUUCUUUCACAAGAUCAAAUUUUGAAUGCUAUUGGUAAACCAGUCAUGUCAUUUGUUGUUGCAGAUUUCGAAGAUUCUGAUAUGGAAGAAGUUUAUCCAAACGAACCAGUUUCUUUGAAGGAAGGAGAAAUUUUCAAAUUGUAUGGUAAAAUCAAAAACUCUGGAAAGGAAACAGCUAAGGUUGCUGUAUCUUUCAGAUAUGGUUCAAAGAUUUAUCACAUUCAAGAACUUGAUAUUCCAACAAGUGUUAACAAUGUCCCUGAAGAGGCUGCCAUUCUUCCAACUUUGUGGGCUCAACAAAAGAUUGACUCUCUCUCUGCAUUCCCUCAACUUUUCAAGGAUGAUAUUAAGAAGAUUGGCCAAGAAUUUAGGAUUGUUACUGACAAUACUUCCCUGAUUGUUCUUGAAACUUUGAGUCAAUAUCAAAAACAUGACAUUGUUCCGCCAAAGACUCUCACUGAAGUCUAUAAACAAUUCAUGCAAGUAAAGACAUCUGCACAAGAAGCUAAAGAUAAGCAAGAAAAGGAAAAGUUAGAAAGAAUUAUUAGUAUGUGGAAGGAAAGAGUUAAUUGGCAUAAGACUGACUUUAAAUUACCUGAAGAAAAGCCAGAAAAGGAAAAGAAAAAGUUGGCUGCAAUGGAUGACUGUAUUUCUGAAUCUCUCUCUGUACAAUCCUCUAGUUUGGAUAGUUGUUGUAGAUGUGAGGAGAGUAGAGAAUGUUGCAGAGAAUGUUGCAGACGUUCUUGUGCACCAUCUCCAAGUUGUGCUAGAAGUUGUUGUUGUCGUUCUGCUAGUCCUUCUUUGAGUUGUUCAGAUAUCAGUUCAGGUCCACCACCACCUUCUGGAGGUGCAGGUAGUCCACCACCUCCUUCUGCUAAGUCAGUAGCCUCUCAAGAAGAACCUAGUGUUGCUGGUACCAUUAAGGUUAAAGCAUGGACUCCAGAUGCUGCUUAUUGUACUGCCAUUAGUCAAGCUAAAGAUCCAUAUGAAGAAUAUGUUAAACAAAGAGAAAGUUAUAGAGAUUCUCCAGCUUUCUAUUUGGAUGUUGCUGACUAUUUCCUUUCAUCAGUUAAGAAUAAGGAAGUUGGUGUGAGAAUUCUUACCAACGUUUCAGAGCUUGAAUUGGAAAAUGUUCAACUUUAUCGUAUUGUUGGUUAUAGACUUGAUCAAGCUGAAGAAUUGGAAUUGGCUGAAUGGGUCUUUGAAAGAGUUAAGAGCAUUAAUGGAUUUGAACCUCAAUCAUACAGAGAUCUUGCUCUAGUUAAGGAAAGAAUGGGAAAGUAUGAAGAAGCUAUGGAAUUGUUCAAUAGAGUUAUUGUUGGUAAAUGGGAUCUUCGUUUUGAUGAAAUUGAAAUGACCGUUGCUACAGAGAUGAACCAUCUUUUGCUCAACAAUCCAGAGUUACCAAUCAUUGAUAAGAGAUUGGUUCACAAGUUUGACCUCGAUAUUCGUAUUUCAAUGGCCUGGGACACUGAUAACGUUGAUAUUGACUUGCACGUUCAAGAGCCAGGAAGACAUGGUGAACAUGCUUAUUAUGCUCACAAUAGAACAAGAAUGGGAGGUUAUGUUUCCAGAGAUUUCAGACAAGGAUAUGGUCCAGAAGAAUACAUGUUAAAGAAAGCUCAAAAAGGUGCUUACAAAGCUACAACAAAUUAUUUCAGUAACCGCCUUGACACAUGCCAUUUCAAGUUGGAAUUUUGCUGGAAGGGAAAUUACUGA